AUGAAUGCAUUGGAGCCCGUUGAGUUAGGUUCGCGAUUUUCUCAGCCGACAGCAUCGCCCCAUUACGCAGCCGACAUGAGAUCGCCACCGUUAAUGUCGCCAACGCAAGCGCCAAUGGCCCCUCAGGCUGCCAUGCCACGUCCAAUGAGCAACGGCGACAUGGUUACGCAACCAAUACGUAUGGUCCCGACGCCUCAGCAACCAGUUAUUCCUAGUCAAUUUUUCACUUAUGAGCCGAAUCUUCUUAUGAAUGGCACUAAAAGAUCGCAAACGUUUGGUGACAAUGCAGUGUUGAUCUCGUUCUCCGGCUUUGACGAAAGUGAACGAGCCGCAAUGAAGUUCAUGGUGGAGGCAAUGGGAGCGAGAUUUACACCAUAUUUGAGUCGUCAUAAUAAUAUUCUGAUUGCUAAGACCGCUGGAGUUGAAAAAGUUGAGAAAGCACGCGAAUGGGAUAUACAAGUGGUGAAUUAUCAAUGGCUGGCUGAUAACUAUGCGGGUCAGAGAGUGGACGCUGAUAAUCAACGAUAUCCAGGUGUUUCACCAGGUCCAUACGCCUUAGAAAUGAUUAAUGAUCAGUUCAAGCAACUUCUACUUUGCUGGAAAAUGCCAGUGAUUGUCACUCCUGAACAAUGGAGACGUUCCUUUGAUACUAAGCAAGCGGUUGAGAACGAUGAAGGUGUCUUUCCGAACAAGAAGCUACGAAUGCAAUCAGCUCCUCCAAGUGAAGCGGAAAUCGCGGCGAAAGCCCAGGAGCAUCAAAAGUCCGGCGUUACGCAUCCAGCGUAUGUGGUUGCAUUCAGUGGGAUUGACGAUGAAAAUAAGCAUGUUUUAACGCAGAAGCUACGAUAUCUUGGUGGACGAGCAUGUGAGGAGGUGUCUGAGUGUACCCAUUUGGUGACGACGAAUGGUCGACGAACGGAACGGCUGUUGGAGGCGAUUUGUUUGGGAAAGAAUAUAGUGAACCCUUACUGGAUAGUGCAUGGAUACGAAUGUCGACAGUGGAUGGAUACACUUGAUUACUUCCUGCACGACGAAGACCAAGAACGGCAUUUGGGCUACAAUUGUAAGCGUAGCGUGGUCAGGGCACGGCACAAGAAAGUGUUCGAGGAUGUUCAGUUCUACAUAACACCGUCAGUGGAACCGAGCCGUGCGGUACUCACCAAGUUGAUCCGCUUAGCUGGUGGCACAGUUCACGAAAAUCGUCCAGCACCAGCUCAUAUAGCUGUCUACAAUACUGAUAUGGUUUUGAUAGCGUUGAUGCGACAAGAACUGGAGCCUCACCCGCUGUACCGAGUGAGUACGGCAUCUUUGGUACGACCAACACCACCACCGUCGUCACAACCGCAAACGACACCUACCCAUCAACAUUUCCGUCCGAUACCAUCGCAAUCUCAACCCCAUCGAGUCAAAGCCUAG